GCCUCUAUGAAGCAGAUCGGCAGUACUCAGACAGAAAGUGAUGUAUCACUGGGUAUUCCUGCAAAUACUGUCAUGGCCUACAGUCUGAUUGAACUCUAUGUCAAAUGCAAUGGACAGUUUGAGCUGUGCCUCUUCUCCAACAAUGGGGGCUUUGAAAAGGUUAGGUCAAAGGAUGACAUUGAAGAGGAUGGAAUUAUGGACCUGAGAGGCAACUUUGAUGCCAACAGCCACUUAAAUCUGAACGAAGGUAAUAAUGCCAGUGGAGGAACUGGACAAACUGAGGGUCAUUUCCAGCUGCUGUCAGUCCUGCCUGUGGCCAAACGCUCCUCUCUGCUCCAGCUCCUCAAGACAACCAUGGAGGACAGAGAGGCAGUCAGUGUGCUGGAGUGUGUGCUGGAUCAGUUGUGUGAAGGUGAGACUCCUGACCUGGGUGAUCUGGAAGAGUCUGAGAGGGAGACAGUCCAGGCCAUACUGGAUCUUGUAGACCAAUGUGUUGGGAAGGAUGAGGAUGUGAUCAGAUCCUCACUUCUCAGUGCCAUCCACCUCAUUGUCAGUGCCAUGGACGGAAUGACAGAUGAAGGUCUCUCUAUGUUGGGAUCCUGUUGCAGUCCUCCAGUCUUACAGGCCCUGCAGAUCCUGGUGCAGCAUGUGGCAGCAGGGAGUGGGAGACCCUCUCUCUGAGAGAUGCAGGUCUGGCUGUUCUGACUGAGGAGGAGCUGUAUCAGAGGACAGAGAGUCUCUUUGGUCACUCUGAAGUUACACUGAAGAGAGAGGAGGACACACUGAGGACAGAGAUGAAGGACCAGCCUGGAUACCUUCCUCUAGUCAUGAGUAUC